AAGAAGGUCCAAACGGCGCCGUCGGGCUUUAGCCCGGCGAUAUUCGGUGCCGGCUUUUACCUCUCCACUUCCUUCUAUAAAUAUCACUCUCAUUUCAACAUUUACAUUUUCUCCUUCUCCAAUAUAACCUCUUUUUACGCCUUCUUUUUUCCCCCUUUUUUCCAUGUUAAAUACUUUCUGUUUGACUGCGUCUGCACAAAACUUGUUCAAGAUAAAGCAGUAAUUCUCGUCAAAAUUGGUAGUUACGAGGAGAAAUUGGCUGUGCUCGUUGAAGGGUGAUAGGUUGAAUUAUUGGGAGGAGAAAAAAAAAAAGAUGAGGAUUUUGAGAACAAUUGAGUCCUCUUCGUGCCCUAGUUUGUGUGGAUUUUUGGUUGUGGAAGCUUAUCCCAAAAGUGUCUCCCGCCUGUGUUUGGAAGGUUUGAGGAGAUUGGUGGAUUAGGGUUGGAUGUGAACUUCAUUUGAUUUUUCUUGAUAUUUAUUAGAGGUAAUAUCUGAUUUCUUGUUCUUUUCUGGGAUUUCAUCCGCUUGUUCUUGGUUGUCCUUGGAUUUUCUAGUUCCUUAUGCUCUGUUUUAGAUAAGAUUGGGGUAUGAGUGUCGUUUGAGAUUUGGGAUUUAGGUUGAUGCGUGUGUAUUGUUGGGAGUGGUUUAGAGAUGAAUAAAUUUAGGGUUUUGAUGGAGGUAGGAGUUUGCAGCUGGGAUUGACACGAUGCGUAUGUUCAUAUAAGGAUUGCAUUUUGUUUAGAUGCUUAUUGGGGGUGAAAUUAGUCGGUCCAACGCCUAAAAUAUUGCCGACUCACGAAAGGGGUACUUUUUUUUUGUUGUUGUAUGUGAUGGGAGAUACACUUCUGACUGGUUUGUCAAUGGAGAAUCAUCACCCUUCAACCAUCUUGUCCAUGGAUUCAAGUGCCUCAUCCUCCCAUGAAGAACUAGACCUUGAGAUGAAUCGCCAAGUUAUUUUGACCCGCCCACCUGAUAUCAAUUUGCCCCUUUCAGCUGAGCGAAGCCCCCCUCCACAGCCUUGGAAUCCUGAACCGUGUGAUAUUCUUGAUGUUGGGCUAGGUACUCAAAUAUACGAGACCGAGAGUUUCCUUGUUGCCCCCAAGGUUGGGAGGAAAUGUGCGAAAAGGGUUGAUAGCAUCUGGGGUGCUUGGUUUUUCUUCAGCUUUUACUUUAAGCCAGUGCUGAAUGAGAAAUCAAAGGCAAAAAUAAUACGGGAUAGUAAUGGAGUUUCUGGAUUUGAUAAAUCCGAUCUGCAGCUCGAUACUUUCAUGGUUCAACAUGAUAUGGAGAACAUGUAUAUGUGGGUGUUCAAGGAAAGGCCCGAGAAUGCUCUUGGUAAGAUGCAGCUGCGCAGUUAUAUGAAUGGGCAUUCUCGUCAAGGAGAGCGUCCCUUCCCUUUUAGCGUUGAUAAAGGCUUUGUCCGGUCUCACCGGAUGCAGCGGAAACAUUAUAGGGGUCUUUCAAAUCCUCAGUGUGUUCAUGGCAUUGAGGUUGUUCCCUCCCCCAAUCUUAUGGCUCUGGAUGAAGAUGAUCGGAAAAGAUGGACUGAACUCACUGGGAGGGAUGCUAGCCUCACCAUUCCACCUGAAGCUAGUGACUAUGGUUCGUGGAGGAAUCUUCCAAACACUGAGUUUGAGCUUGAAAGAUCUGCUCCAGUGAAGGCUAAUCCACAGUCCCACACCAAGAAGCUGCUCAACGGAUCUGUGCUGAAUCUGUCGACUCAGCCUACCACUCAUAGCAACGGGGAUGUCCUUGACCUCUCGCCUGUCAACAACAAGAGGAAGAAAGAUUUUUUCUCACAGGGGAAUGAUGAGGACUGUUUUCUGGCAGUGAAUGCUCCUGAUCGUGCCCCUGAUCUCGAAGUUCACCCAAAUGGGCCUCACUGGUUGCAUGAGUUUAGUGGAGUGCUGAGGAACGCCUAUGGUCCGGUCACAGCUGCCAAAACAGUCUAUGAGGAUGCAGAAGGUUAUCUCAUCGUUAUCAGCCUGCCUCUCGUGGAUCUUCAGAGGGUGAAAGUCUCGUGGAGGAAUACCCUCACCCACGGAAUCAUUAAGGUCUCGUGCAUAAGUACUUCUCGCACGCCAUUCAUCAAGAGACACAACCGGACGUUCAAGCUUACGGAUCCAUCAUCGGAGCACUGCCCGCCUGGAGAAUUCGUUAGGGAAAUCCCACUCUCAACUCGAAUUCCUGAAGAUGCCAACAUAGAAGCUUACUACGACGGCCCUGGAACAGUGCUCGAGAUAUUGGUGCCAAAACUGCGCGAGGGGCCGGAGGAACACGAGGUCCGCGUCUGUCUUCGUCCUCACCACGGAGGUAAUGAUCUCAAACUGACCUAAAAUGCCAUUCUUGGUGAGCAGGGUGGUCGUCGGAGACUAACAUUGUUUAUGUAGGGCUGUAGACGAAUCGAAUGCAAUAUGGUUUCUAUUAUUUGUUAUAUAUUCGGUUUCUGAAGCUCUUAAAAUGCUGUGGUUUUUUAUCCCAUGCAUCUAGUUUGAUUUAAGUUGUAAUUGUUUUUGUUAUGGAAAUUAUAUUUGAAUUA